GCAGCACGCUCCGCCCGGCCUGCGCUCCCCUCCCUCCCCGGCUCCCCGGCUCCAGCUGCUGACGCCGGUUAGGGCGCCGCGAGGCUGUGGCAACAAGAGACAGGGCGACGAGAGUCAGCUGGUGGAAGACCUGAUCCCUAAAAGACUAACGUGCGUUGCAGAAUGGCCAAAGAGGACACCGCAAAUACCUCGAAGGACUUGCAGGAGCUGCAGAGGAAGCUGUGUUUGCUCAUGGAGUCUGUCCAGAACAACUCGAAGAAAAAAAAAAAAAUCAAUAGAAAAAUAUAUCCAUGGGUGGUGGCCUUCAUGAAGUCUCCGGUGGGCCAGUACCUGGACCGCCACCCUUUUGCAGCCCUCACCCUGCUGGUGUUCGUCGUGAUGUCGGCCGUCCCUGUUGGCUUCUUCCUGCUCCUCGUGGCGCUCACCUCCCUGGCUGCCCUCGUGGGAGUCAUGCUGCUGGAAGGCCUGGUCCUCUCGGUGGGCGGCGUGGCGCUGCUCUGCGUGCUCUGUGUCCUGGGCUUCCUGUCGCUCUCCGUGUCGGGGACCAUCGUCGUGUCCUACGUGGCGAUGUCCAGCCUCAUCAACUACUGGCUCUGCCCCAGAGGCCCCGGAACUGACUGCGUCCUCUCGUCAUGGGACAGACCGCUGACGCCGAGCCCCGGCGGCGAUGCCAGCCGCCCGUGAGGUCCAGGCGUGCAGGCCCGCCAGGAGUGCCGACGGAGCCUGUCCCAGUCACUCUGGAGGGUGCUGGGCGGUCACAUUCCCUGGGUGUGUCCUCUGCCUGUCACCUGUUUGUGGGGCCUGCCCUGCCCGGCAGCUUGGCUGCUCACCCUUCUCCCGGGUGAGGCAGACUUGACUUGGAAGUUGAGCCCCUAGAGCCUGUUGAUGGGACCCCAAGGUUGACUUGACCCAGGAGUCUGUGUCUAGGGGCCAAAUUAGGGCAAAUGUGGAUUGUUUUUUAGUUCUUCCUUUUGUUUUUAGAAAUGAGAGAAGCUGUUUAUUUCUCCACUCACUCGAAACAAGAGUAGGGGUGAGAAAUAUCCAAAACAGAGCAAGCUCUUCUGUUUUAUUAGCUUUUUAUCAGAAAGAACAGUAACGUUGGACAAUAACAGACUCUCAAGUUAGAACAGCCUUAAUUUUGUAGUCAAGAGCUUUUUUCAAGUCUCAGGGAACAGCAUCCACGCUGACUCCUGUGCAGUGCUUUUACUCUUUGCACUUGAUACUUUUGUAUUGUUUUGAAGAACUUGUCCUGUUAAGCCAUUUUUUAAAAAGUUCUAUGAAAAUGCUAAAGGACUACAGAAAAUUUUAAAAUUCUGUGGUAUUUCUAUUUCAGUGGUUUAUUUGCUGUGGCAUUUUAUUCAAUAAAUAUUUGUUUAGAUUUUC